UGCAUCGCACCCUCCCGGGCCGCCUUCUCUUCUCCAGCGUCCGAUCUCCCACUCCCCUCCCUCACCGCAGCUCUCCCACCUCCGCCCUCCCCCCGCACGCGCUCGCCACCUCGCCCUCCCCUCCACGUUGCUCGCACCCGCGCUUAUAUAAGGUAUGCCUCUUGCCCUCUCCAAACCCCUCCGCGAGGGCCUAGGGUCUGGCGUGCUGAGCUGGAGCUGAUGGAUCUAGGGUUUGGGUUGCGGUGAUGGUCCUGCAGUGCAGGAGGAGCUCAUGGCGGAAGCUCCGGCGAGCCCUGGCGGCGGCGGCGGGAGCCACGAGAGCGGGAGCCCCAGGGGAGGCGGAGGCGGUGGCAGCGUCAGGGAGCAGGACAGGUUCCUGCCCAUCGCCAACAUCAGUCGCAUCAUGAAGAAGGCCAUCCCGGCUAACGGGAAGAUCGCCAAGGACGCUAAGGAGACCGUGCAGGAGUGCGUCUCCGAGUUCAUCUCCUUCAUCACUAGCGAAGCGAGUGACAAGUGCCAGAGGGAGAAGCGGAAGACCAUCAAUGGCGACGAUCUGCUGUGGGCCAUGGCCACGCUGGGGUUUGAAGACUACAUUGAACCCCUCAAGGUGUACCUGCAGAAGUACAGAGAGAUGGAGGGUGAUAGCAAGUUAACUGCAAAAUCUAGCGAUGGCUCAAUUAAAAAGGAUGCCCUUGGUCAUGUGGGAGCAAGUAGCUCAGCUGCACAAGGGAUGGGCCAACAGGGAGCAUACAACCAAGGAAUGGGUUAUAUGCAACCCCAGUACCAUAACGGGGAUAUCUCAAACUAAUGGAGGUAUGGACCUUUUCUGCGACAGCUGCUCUUACCUGAGGCGAUUUUUUUUGUCUUAGUUAUUUACUAAGACACCUUGCGGUGACCAUUAAAGAGUAACCAAUCGCCCUCAAUAGGUCCGUUUUUAUCUGCCAGAACUGAUGAGGUCGCUCACUAGGAGUAAGUCGCUUCCCUGGGAACGGUUGUCGGCUAGCACCGCUCUUGUAUGUAUAUUAAGAGUAACUUAAUGAUUGGUCUUUUGGCUGCGAUUUGAUUACAUGUAUUUGUAUCGGGAGGCAUAAAUAUUGUGUAAUUUGUGUUAAAGACUGGUGUAAUUGAACUAUGGGAAGAGCUGCUUUGGUUGUAACCAUAUUUUGAUGCCCGUAUAUUAGGCAAAAAUAGAAGGCUGUGGGCGUGCACAACAUAUUUACUGUUCA